AUGUCAACAAAUCUGGUAUCCCCAACAUCUUAUCGUUCAUCGCAUACUCCAGCAGUCACACGUCGAAAAUGGUUUAUAGAUUUACAGUUCCGUAAAAGUGAUCGUUUAGCAACCGCAAUGUCCUCUUCGUUAGUUUCAGCUUCCUCGUCGAAUAACUAUGAUUAUUCUUCACCUGUGGGUUAUAGUGAUCAACGUAUACCAGAUGUUACAGCUCAAGAUGAAGACGAACGUCUAUUUGCCAAACGAUCAUGGGAUAUAGCACUUCAACCCAUUAAACAAUUACCAAUGAAUUUAAUAUUUGCUUGGAUGGCUGGUAAUUCAUUUUCAUUGAUGUCUAUAAUGAUUGUUGUUAUGCUAUUUAUGAAACCUAUUCAAGCAAUAUUUUCAAUAUCAUCGGCGUUUCAAUCAAUUGAAAGCGAAGGAAUGAUUGGAAAUGUGGCAUUUCAUAAACUAAUCUAUUUUCUAGGAAACUUAACUCAUUUGGCACUUGCCCUUUAUAAAUGUCAAUCAAUGGGACUAUUACCAACGUAUGCAUCAGAUUGGAUUGCAUUUGCCGAGCCACAAUUAAAUUUAGAAACAACGCUUGGAGGAUUAACAUAUUAA